AUGACAGCCGCUCUUCGUCAUACAGUUGAUUGGGUGUGGGAGAAAGUGAUUGGAUCUCGUCAUCAUUUAAAAGAAAAAGAAGAACAGGAACAACAACAAUUAUGUUAUCAUCGUUCCCAGGCGUUUAAUAAUAAUAAUAAUAAUAAUAAUAAUAAUAAUAAUAAUAAUAAUAAUAAUAUUAAUAGUCGUAGUGCCUCUCAGGUGUCCAUGAUGAGAAAUGAUUAUAUUCGCAGAGUUCCACCCAAUCCGGUGUCGAAAGAUGAUAUGUGGCGUUAUGUUUCCUCUGUCCAAUUCUCAUCAUGGGAGUUGCCAUUAGAUAAAACUCACACAUGUGAGAAGAAUGGGGAAGGAAAUCCUAAUAAUCCUAAUAGUAAUAAUAAUAAUAAUAAUAAUAAUAAUAAUAAUAAUAAUAAUAAUGAUAAUAAUAAUAGCCAUUGUUAUUAUCAUUAUAGGAGUGGAGAUGGAGCUAUUACUACUAAUACUACUAAUGAUACUAUGAAUAAUAUUGGUGUUGUUGGUCAAACUGUAGAUGGACGAGUACUCUUCACACCCACAGAGACUCCUCCACCACGUAAACCAUUAGAAAUUAGUGGAGGAUCAUACAGUAGAGAAUUGUCAACUAAUAUUAAUAAUAUUAAUAAUAAUAAUAAUAUUAAUAAUAAUAAUAUUAAUACUACUAUUGGUGGUGGUGGUGGUGGUGUGGGUUCCUCCUUUUUUCUUCCACCGCCUCUGAGUUAUACUGGAGUGGGAAAUAGUCUCCUUACUCAACGUGAAGAGGAGGCACAGAUGUUAGCAAGAAGUAUUCGAAAAACAGAGAAACUACUACAACUCAAUAAUAAUAAUAAUAAUAAUAAUAAUAAUAAUAAUAAUCAUUAUCAUCAACAUUAUCAUCAUCAUAAUAGCCGUAGUCUCUUAUCAUUUGUGGAAACGCGAGAAGAUCAACACAGACGUGAAAUGUAUGAUGUGAUGAUGAGUACAUUUUGUGAGAAUGCCGUGAGAAGUAUGGUAACCGAUCAUUUAACUCUUUUACACGGUGUAUCGAUGCGGGCAUUAGAUCAUAUUAUCAUUCAAACACUUAUUCAUGAAGUGGCAGAUGCUAUUCAUCUUAUUAAACCCAAACAGAAAUUAUUUUGUGGAAUUCAACGACAUAUUAAAGAAGAAAAAGCCGUACUUCUUCACGCCGUGAUAACAGAUGAAGAAGAUACAGAAGUAUUUAGAGAAACUAUGCAAAAAGGAAUACGGAAUGAUCGAUUACGAGAAAGUACAGCCGUAUCUUUUAAAAAUGGUCUCUCUUUAACAUAUGAACAACUCGCCACUUUAGGACCAGGCCAAUGGUUAAAUGAUCAAAUCAUUAAUAGUUAUUUAAGUAUGAUAUGUGAGGAACGGAAUAAUAAAGCUAAAGAGGAAGUAACGAUGUCUAUGGGAACUCAUUUCUUUACAAAGAUUGAACAGGAAUUACGAGGAAAUGGUGCUACUAUGGGAUCAAAGGAAUUACCACCAUUACAAAUAAAUAGUGGUAUUCUUCGUUGGUUAAAACGUCGUCGACAUAUUUUACUUCCAGGCACUACUCGUAUUAUUCUUGUUCCAAUUAAUCUCUCCCAAACACAUUGGGCAUUAGCGGUAUUAAACUGGGAACAUCAUACUUGGGUUUAUUAUGAUAGUUAUAUACAUGGAGAAGCCACCAUUGCACGUGGGGAGUUUAUUCUUCGUCAAUUAGCCCAUACCUUCUCUGAGGCAAGGCGAUUAUUAUUAUUAUCAUCUAAUGAUAAUAAUAAUAAUAAUAAUAAUAAUAAUAAUAAUAUGAAUAUGAAUAUGAAUAUCCCUUCUUCUUCUACUUCUUCUACUAAAGUGGAUUGGCGUCUUUGUGUAGCCAAACCAUUACGUUCAUCCAUCGUCUCAACAGAGAUGCGGAAUUUCUUAUUAGCACCCCAACAACAUAAUAUGUACGAUUGCGGUGUGUUUGUUUGUCAUUUCGCGUGGUGUUUAAUAAAUGAUUUGCCGCCGUUGUUUACACAAGAGGAUGUGACGAUGUUUAGACGUGUGAUGCUGCAUGAGUUGUUACUGCAGAGAAGUCUACUGCGUAUGCCUCUUCAUUUCUUCACAACUCUUUAA